AUGUCUGGAAGGCCAAGCAAAGGAAUUCACGGUAAUGAGGAGGGCCAAGCGUCUACUGUGCCACAGGGAGAUUCUCUUAAGAGAGCGAUGUCGGACCUUGAGGGUGACACAGCUCAGCCCGCUGCGACUCCCAUAAGAGUGGAGGAAGCGCAACUACAGUGGACCAUGUGCAGCACCGUGUGGGACAUCCUGCUGGACGGAGAGACCGACAUUUCCGAUAUGAAGCUGAAUGCUUUUCUUCGGGAGCAUUUUGGCUCCAGGGCGGCCGUUGAAGACGAACAGAAUGUGGAUAUGUGGGAAUUUUUUGAGGAGUCCCGAUGCCUUCAUA